CCUGUUCCAGGAAGCUGAAAGUUAUAACACAACAAAGGAGCCCGACAAGCAGCAGCAGGAUGGAGUAUUUGGCGUGCUUCUCCCUGAUCUCUGUGAUCUGUACCCUGGCCGGGAAUGGAGUUUCUGCUGGAUUGUAUAUCUCCGGGCCUCGGUCUGCAAUGCUGGAGGGUGAGGCCGUGGUCUUGGAAUGUCUCUCCGACAUGGAAACGGAUAUGCAGAAUUACACUUUCCAGAAAUACAGCACAUGGAUGAAGAGCUGGUUUCAGCUGGACACCAGUCGUUAUCUCAGAUGCUGGUUCUUCAAUGCCAACAUUUCUCGCAGCGGCGGCCGCUUGCUCCUUGAGCUCAGUGACAUCUCCGAGUGGCAGGGCGGACCAUACCGCUGUGUGGGCACAGCAAACGACACCAAUGAAGUUUCGGAGAACAUCACCAUCCCGAUAAUCUAUCUGCAGGACAUCUACUUCCAGAAGGUGCACUCCUGGUACACCAGUGUGUCUGACAUCUUGUAUGCUGAGGAGGGUUCUACGGUGGAGGUGAAGUGUGCCGCCACGUCUUCCCGCGAUCCACUCUACGAGUGGAGUCAGGAGGUGAGCGACUGGAUUUUACCCUCUGACACCCUCACCAUCAGAAAUGUUGAUCAAAGCUCUGAAGGAAAGUAUAUGUGCCAGGCACGACAUCCAGACAUGUACAGUUUGGUCAAGACCAGAUCCUUUGAGCUCCGCGUGACCCCCAAGGACCCUGAUAUGUACAUGAUCACAGGCUCCAGUGUUGACCUGAACGUGGGAGACAUCCUCUUGUACAUCGCUCUUCCUGGAGCACUGCUUACCACCCUGCUGAUCACUUUCCUGGUCAUCAUCCUCCGUCAUCGCAGACAGCAACUGAAGAAGCCACAGAUCAGCCUGAUCGAUGCCGAGAAGAGGACCCCGAUCUACAAGGGUAGCCUGCAGUCCGUCAGCAGCACCACCUCGGACACGCAGCCAUUGGUCAUGUGACCGCCAGAGCCGGGUCCGCACGCUGCACAGAACUGAAACGUCCUCAGCCAAAUAUCACAUCCUGCUUUCUGAAUCUGGUGACGGGAAUUCAAGGGAUCGCAAUGCUCCAAAGAUCAGAGACCAAUACUGCUUAUCGCUUUAAGAGGUUAUUAAUUGGUUCGGGGUGAACACAAACUCUCGUAGAUUUUGGCAUUAUAAUUGUUAAGUAAACUUUUCUUUAAAGUGUACCUGUCACACUUUCCUAGCUGAUGGAACUGUUUUGAGCUGAGCCAACAGUGAGCCCAUUACAUCACUGCGGUUUCAGCUACUUUGAGCUUUUAUGUCCUCAAAAUUAUAGCAGCGACUUGACACAUUCUUCAAACUUUUGGUCCAGGCUACUUAUAUUGCAAGGGAAAACAAGUGUACUUUGGAAUGUUCUUGUCCUAUAGUGGGAGACCUGGUGCUGGAGAGGAGA